UGUUUUUUACAAUAGCUGUAAUGCGUAUGCGCAUAUAUAGUCGCCUAGUUUGAUCUGUACUACAUUACCUUACAAGGAGGCUAGAUGACAACAUUGUUCUUAACGUUUUAUGUGUAAAGUCAAAGUGCGUAGGGAAUCAACUUUGGGAAAUAAAGCUGUCUAUACGAACUCAGUGACUGAUUUAAAAGUGUUGUGCAAAAAUGGAUGUUGAAGAGUUUCGCGAAUUCGGCAAAGCAGCGAUAGACUUGAUAGCUGAUUAUAUGGAAAAUAUAAGAGCAAGAGAUGUCUUACCAUCAGUGGAACCUGGAUAUUUGGUCAACAGUCUGCCGCCAGAAGCGCCUGAAGAACCGGAACAGUGGAAAGAUGUACUCCAUGACUUCACUCAUUUUAUUUUACCAGGCAUUACUCACUGGCAUUCUCCACGAUUCCACGCGUUCUACCCCACGGGCACCUCCUUCGCGAGUCUGGUUGGAAGUAUUCUGAGUAACGGGCUUGGAGUCAUUGGAUUCAGCUGGAUGUCAAGUCCGGCGUGCACUGAGCUGGAGGUGGUGACGAUGAACUGGCUGGGCAAGCUGCUGGGGCUGCCUGAGCAGUUCCUCAACUGUUCCACCGGACCUGGCGGUGGAGUGAUCCAGGGUUCAGCAAGUGAGGCUACUCUCGUCGGACUCUUGGCCGCUAAGGAUAGAACCGUUCGCAGAAUCAAGCAAACCAACCCAGACUUAGAUGAGGGUUUCAUCAAAGCCAAGCUCAUAGCGUACUCUUCGGAUCAGAGUAAUUCGUCCGUAGAGAAAGCAGGCCUACUUGGUUCCAUGAAAAUGAGGCUGUUGAAAACAGAUGCUGAUGGCAAACUGCGCGGGGACACGUUGAAGAAAGCUUUUGAAGAAGAUCAGGAACAAGGGCUCAUACCUUGUUAUUGUGUUGCUACAUUAGGUACAACUGGAACCUGCGCUUUUGAUCCUUUAUAUGAGAUAGGACCACUAUGUAAUGAGUAUAAUGUCUGGCUCCACGUAGAUGCCGCCUAUGCUGGUGCCGCUUUCACUUGCCCAGAAUACAGACACUUGAUGAACGGCGUUGAAUAUGUUGACUCAUUUGAUGUCAACGCCCACAAAUGGAUGCUUGUCAACUUCGAUUGUUCCUGUAUGUGGGUGAAGAAUGGCUAUGAUUUGAUAAAGACGUUUGAUGUCCAAAGAAUAUAUUUAGAUGACUUAGAAAAUUCAAAUAAGAUCCCUGACUACAGGCACUGGCAGCUGCCGCUCGGGCGCAAGUUCAGAGCGUUGAAACUAUGGACUGUCUUGAGAAUUUACGGAACUGAGGGCAUUAGAAGUCACAUUAGGAAUCAAAUCGGUCUCGCGAAAUAUUUCGCACAGCUGAUGCAACCUGAUGACCGAUUUGUGAUUGAACCAGAACCUGCAAUGGGAUUGGUGUGUUUUAGAUUAACAGAAGGAGACAAGGUAACGAAGAAGCUGUUGGAUAACCUGACUGAAAAGAAAAAGGUCUUCAUGGUGGCCGGUUCGUAUCACAACAGAUACAUGAUUCGAUUCGUGAUAUGUUCUCGCAAUACAAAGAAAGAGGACGUAGACUAUAGUUGGAACAAAAUUAAGGAAGAGGUCGAUUGUCUUUGCCCAGUCAAUAUACAUACUAAGAAAUAUAAGGUUCCUGUGAUGAAAAACAUCGACGCUGUGAAGUCGAAUGAAAAAUCUAAGUAACUGUGACUGUGACUGUUUGGGAACAUUGGACACAUCGCGGUCUACACGGUAGAUGGGAGAAUGGCAGAAAAUAUUACUACAUAUCUGUAGGUAGGUGUUACCUGUAUCUUAUUCACAAGGAUCUUACUACGCGAACAUAAUGUCUAAAAAAGUUAAAACAAUUAAGUAUCAUUUCCUAGGUAUAAAGAGUAAGUAGUUUAAAACUAUGUAAACUAAUUAAAACAUAGCGGGAACUACAUGAGUUGCGGUUACUGCUUGCGUAGUUAUAAAUACGUAAAAGACAAUCAAGGGACCUUCCAGGUUAUUACAUUAUAUUUUUGAAUAAUUAUUUAGGUACCCGAGUAAUGAGAAAAUAGAUAAUUAUCACGCUAAAUCUGUACAACGCCAUCUAUAUUGUUUUUAGGGAACUUAGCCUGGAAAGUCCUUCAUUGUCAUUAGGUAGAUAGAUGUAUAAAGAAUCAUCUCGCGUGUUGGUGUGACUUUAAUCCCCUAUUCCACCUAUCCCACUUGGCCAUCCCACCUGGGUGGUAAGAGUGGAAAAAAUAAUCCACUUUUCCCUCCCAGGUGGGAUAGGUGGAAGAGGAGGAAUUGUAAAUGUUCUUUUAUCCCACCUGGGAGGGAAAAGUGGAUUAUUUUUUCCACUCUUACCACCCAGGUGGGAUGGCCAAGUGGGAUAGGUGGAAUAGGGGCUUUAACGAAGAUAAUAAUGGGUCACCUUUCGAUUCCUUUAACUCUUAGUUUUGUCUUAGUUUACAAUUAUUUAAAUAAAAACAUUUAUACGAUAA